AUGUGUACUUGGGUAACUGGGGAUACCAUCACCAAAAGUGGAGGUGCUCUAGAUGAUAAGGGUGAGUGCCAAGAUUGCACCACCGAAUGUGACACCACAAACAGUAUAAAACUCCAAGAUGCUCUAAAUCUCAGUGUAGCUGGAGAUGCUGUCACUCUCAAUGGUACUAGUGUUGGUACUCCCAAAUUUGAGUCUAAUGCCACCAUCACUAUAACAUCCGAAAGUGUUGACUUCACAGAACUCACUGAAAAUGUUACGAUCAAAAUCUCCACAGGUGGAACGAUCAAAAAUUCUGAUGGUAAUCUCACAAUCGGUAAUCGAAUCUCUAAGGGUGAAGUUCUAAAACUUGAUGCCACUGGUGAGAUCACUGAACCUGAAAGUGCUAAAGGUAAAGCAGUUAAUCUCAAAGGUACCAUAGUGGUCACCUCCACUGGUCAAGCAAUUGGCUCUACACUCACCAUCUCUGGAGGUCCCAGCAGUGGUGUAGGUGGAUCCCUCACUCUCACUAGUGGUGCUGGUAAUGUCACUAUCCAGAAUGUUUCUAAUCUCAAAAUCACUAGUACUGCCCUCACAAGUCUUAAGGGUGCCACUGGUACUCUUAAGAUUGGCACAGGUAGUCCUGACACACCAGUCAAAUACAAGAUUUUUACAUCAAAUACUAUAAUUCUUGGACUCAACACACUCAGCAGCAUCACUGCUAAUGCUGAUGGUGCCAAGGUAACUCUCAAAGGUGUUCCAACAUCACAAAUCACUAUAGCUCCCAAUGGUACUACUACUGAUGGUAUAAAUGCCACUCUAAAUGAUAUUACAUUCACCAAGGAUGACAAUGGCUUCACUAGUCUCAAAGGUGAUGGUGCUACACUAACUCUAGCUCAAACCUUCACUGGUGCCAAAAUUAUCAAGUCUGGUGGUCAACUCACCAAAGAUACCCAUCUCACUGAAGGCACUGAGCUCAAACUAGAAUGCACUACUAGUACUAGUGGUACCACAAUAACAAUUACUAACAUCAAAGUCACUAGCCAUGGUAAAAGUCUCAAUGGUGCUGACACCUAUAAUCUCAUUGGUGGCAUAACAGGAACACUCAGCAUCACUGCUGGUGGUGGAGGUGUCACAGGCAACCUCACAAUCACCGGGAUCGGUUAUGAUUCCUAUGAAAUCCAUGACAAACACCAAAAAGAUCUGUGUUGUUACUAUGGUAAGGUUUAUAAGUGGACACAAUAG